CGCACGCGGUCACGUGAGCGCCGUCUCUCCAGCCUUGCUUUUGCUUCCCUCUCCGUUCCGAGCUGCUGUCCGAUGGAGGAGGAGGAUGAGGAGGCGCGGGCGCUGCUUGGGGACCGGCCCGAGGGGGACAGCGCGGUCCGGGGCGCCCCGCGCGCUCUUCCCGCGCUCUGCGACCCCAGCCACCUGGCGCACCGGCUCGUGGUGCUCUUGCUGAUGUGCUUCCUCGGCUUCGGUAGCUACUUUUGCUAUGACAGCCCUGCUGCCCUCCAGACCCAGGUUAAACGGGACAUGCAAGUGAAUACCACGAAAUUCAUGCUGCUAUAUGCCUGGUAUUCUUGGCCCAAUGUAGUCUUGUGUUUCUUGGGUGGCUUUUUGAUAGACCGAAUAUUUGGAAUACGAUGGGGCACGGUUAUUUUCAGCUGCUUUGUUUGCAUUGGACAGGUUAUUUUUGCUCUGGGUGGAAUAGUUAAUGCAUUUUGGCUGAUGGAGUUUGGGAGGUUUGUGUUUGGAAUUGGAGGAGAGUCCUUAGCAGUUGCCCAGAAUACAUAUGCCGUGAGUUGGUUUAAAGGAAAAGAACUAAACCUGGUGUUUGGACUCCAACUCAGCAUGGCCAGAAUUGGAAGCACAGUGAACAUGAACCUCAUGGGAUGGCUGUAUACUAAGAUGGAGACUUCACUGGGUGCAGCUGGCCACCUGACCCUGGGAGUGACACUUAUGAUUGGGGGUGUAACGUGCAUUCUUUCACUAAUCUGUGCCUUGGUCCUUGCCUAUUUGGAUCGGAGAGCAGAGAAAAUCCUUCAUAAAGAGCAAGGAAAAACAGGUGAAGUCAUUAAGCUGACUGACAUAAAGGACUUCUCCUUGCCCCUGUGGCUGGUCUUCCUCAUCUGUGUCUGCUACUACGCAGCGGUGUUCCCGUUCAUCGGCCUGGGCAAAGUUUUUUUCAUAGAGAAAUUUGGAUUUUCUCCCCAGUCAGCAAGUGCAAUUAACAGUAUCGUGUAUGUCAUAUCAGCUCCCAUGUCCCCAGUAUUUGGACUCCUGGUGGACAAAACUGGGAAGAACAUCAUCUGGGUUCUGUGUGCAGUAGCUACCACUCUCGUGUCCCACAUGAUGCUGGCCUUCACCUUCUGGAACCCAUGGAUCGCUAUGUGUCUCCUGGGACUCUCCUACUCAUUGCUUGCCUGUGCUCUGUGGCCAAUGGUGGCAUUUGUAGUUCCAGAACACCAGCUGGGAACUGCGUACGGGUUCAUGCAAUCCAUUCAGAACCUCGGGCUGGCUGUCAUUUCCAUCCUUGCUGGCAUGAUACUGGAUUCUCGAGGAUACUUGCUUUUGGAGGUUUUCUUCAUUGCCUGUGUUUCUUUGUCACUUUUAGCUGUGGUCGGUCUGUGUCUGGUGAACCGUGCCCGAGGUGGGAAUCUAAAUUAUUCUGCAAAACAAAGGGAAGAAUUAAAGGUUUCUCAUACCGAAUAGCACUCUGAAAUGAUCGUCUUGAGAAUGGGCAGCGUGCACCACUAAUUGGAAACCUUCAUAAAAUUUUUCUUUCUUUUCUUUCUCUUUUAACAAAAGAGUUAUUUAGAAAAAUAGUAGAGUGGAAAAUAUAUUUAUAUUUCAAAUAUACCUACAAAAAGUGUGUUCCUGUAGACCAUUUUGGCCUGUGGUUUCUGUAACAUGAGUUACUAAAUAAUUCUAAUCAAGAGGGAACACUUAGAAAAUUGGUCUGGAACGUUCAGUGAGAUUUAAGAAAGACCAGACGCAAUGGUCGGUCUGCAUAUUCUAUUGGGGUAGUUUUUAGUACGUGCAUUUUCAGGAUGAACAUUUUCUAUGUAUUGUAAAAGGGAAAAGAAAUAUGAGGGACGGUAGAGAAGUCUGUUCCAUGUAGAAUAAAUGACAUUUGCACUCGCUGUCUCAUGGAGAAUGCUGUGCGACUGCCCCACGUUCUCUACUAGGAGAUUGAGUGUCAUUAAAUGCUGGCUGCUGAGCAGCAAACCUUUGGAGGGUUUUGUUGUCGUUGUUUCUAUCAGGGACAUGAUUUGUAGCAUAAAUUUGCUGAAGCACCUCCUCCCCCAAGACAAUAAAAGUGUCCUUCAGUUUAUAAUGGCUACCUGCGUACAUGGGUACAUAGAAUCAGUGCAAAAAUUAUUCUUUAUGUCUUCCUUAUACUUUUAAAACAUUUCAACACUGAAUUCACUUUUCCUGGGGAAGAUAAUCUCCAAGAAUCAAAGCUGCAAUAAGAAAAUGUCCUAGGCACAGCCUCACUGAAUGAUUACACGUGGUGCGAAGCGUCGUAGGCUUAAAGCUUGGGCACCGAGGGGCUGCGGAGGCGGCGGUGCCUAAGAACACUCACUGCUCUUCGAGAGGACCCCUGUUCAGUUCCCGGCAGCCACAUGGAGCAGCUCACUGUCACCUGUAACUCUAGCUCCAAGGGAUCCAGCACAUUCUUCUGACCUCAGGCUCUUGCACAUGUGAGAGCACACAAAUAUAAUAAUCUUUUUAAAGUGCAGAAUCUGAGCAAGCAUUCAUUUUCUUUUUGAUUUAUCAUCUAUUAUGGCUUUAUUCACUUGAGGCUUUGACUACUUGUGGCUGUUGUAGCACGCACCAAGUAUGACGUCGUCCCUGCUGCAUGCUCUGCCUGGCUCCUGUGUGCUGGUCUUGCCCUUCCCGCUGUGUCUACACAUGAGCUGUAGGGAGCCUUGACGUAUUUGUAAACGGGUUGUGCUCCUGCUUCUCUCAGGCUUCGUCCCUUGCCUAGAGUGUGUUCUAGGGUGUGUUGAGCACACUCUAACCUGGUUUCAUCUGAUUUAAACAAACGCCUUGGCUGCUAGCCCAGAACCUUUUUCCAUAAAGAAACUCCUCCAGACCACUCAGGCCAUAUACAAUCCGUGAUGGCUAUGAACUUUGAAAGCCUCCUUCUCCUCUGCCUUUUUAGCUUCCCUUACUUUGUGAAGAAUUGGUGUCAGUGUGGGUUUCGAGUGGUGUGUUUCCUCCUCAGAUUGUCAGCUCCAUGAGAGCAGGGACACUGUCUGGUUUGUUAGUGAAUGUAUCCAUCAUGCCUAGCACAAUGUAUGUACAAAACUUUUCCUUGCUUCCUUCCUUUUUAAAAAUGGUAUGUAAAAUAAAAAGUAAUUGGAAUAA